UGCGGCGAGAGCAGCAGGGAAGGAGGCGUGUGGCGCCCGCCCUCGCCCGCGGUGCCCAGAGCCGGAGGUGCAGCGAGGCGCUCCCCCAGCCCCAUUCCCGGUGCCCAGUCCAGCACCGACCCCGCGAGGCGGCCCUUCCCUGCGCAGCGGUGGCAGCGGCGGGCGGGAUGACGGCGGAGGAGAUGAAAGCGGACGGGGCUCCCCUGGAAGGGACAGACAUCACCCCCAAGCAGGAUGAGGGCGUCCUCAAGGUUGUUAAGAGAGAAGGCAGUGGGACAGAAUCUCCAAUGAUAGGUGAUAAAGUGACUGUCCAUUACACAGGAUGGCUUCUUGAUGGCACAAAAUUUGACUCCAGUCUGGACAGGAGAGACAAGUUUUCAUUUGACUUGGGGAAAGGUGAGGUGAUCAAAGCAUGGGACAUUGCUGUGGCGACUAUGAAGAUUGGUGAAAUCUGCCGGAUUACAUGUAAACCAGAAUAUGCCUAUGGCUCAGCUGGGAGCCCCCCAAAGAUACCUCCCAAUGCUACACUGAUUUUUGAGAUAGAACUUUUUGAGUUCAAGGGGGAGGACCUCACUGAUGAAGAAGAUGGUGGCAUCAUCCGGAGGAUCCGUAAAAAAGGGGAGGGCUACUCCAAGCCCAAUGAGGAUGCACUCGUAGAGAUCCAGUUUGAAGGCCGAUACGGAGAUCGUGUUUUUGACAAGCGGGAAUUGCGGUUUGAGAUUGGGGAAGGUGAAAACUUUGAUCUUCCUCACGGUCUGGAGAAAGCAAUUCAAAAAAUGGAGAAAUCGGAGGAAUCCGUGUUCUAUCUUAAACCCAGCUACGGCUUUGGAAGCACUGGGAAUGAGAAAUUUCAGAUCCCUCCAGAUGCAGAGCUGCAGUAUGAAGUGAAACUCAAAAGCUUUGAAAAGGCUAAGGAGUCUUGGGAAAUGAACACAGAUGAGAAGUUGGAACAAAGCUCCAUUGUGAAGGAGAGAGGCACUCAGUACUUCAAGGAGGGAAAAUACAAGCGGGCAGCAUUACAGUAUAAAAAGAUUGUGUCGUGGCUGGAGCAUGAAGCAGGACUCUCUGAUGAGGAGGAAUCAAAAGCCAAAAGCUUGAGGCUUGCUGCCCACCUUAAUCUAGCUAUGUGCCAUCUCAAGCUAAAGGAAUACUCACAGGCUUUGGAAAACUGCAACAAGGCACUGGAAUUGGAUAGCAACAAUGAAAAAGGCCUCUUCCGGCGUGGAGAAGCGCAUUUGGCUGUCAAUGACUUUGAGUUGGCCCGAGGAGAUUUCCAGAAAGUGAUACAACUUUAUCCAAGUAACAAAGCUGCCAAAGUGCAACUGGUAACUUGUCAGCAAAAAAUACGGGAGCAGCAUGAGAAGGAGAAAAAGAUGUACGCCAACAUGUUCCAAAGGCUUGCAGACAAAGACUUAAAGUCAGCUGCUACUCUUCAGACCAGCCACACUGAAGAUGCAGAAAUGAAAGAUGAGCAGAAUGGAGUUGAAGAUAAAUCAGAAGCUGAAGCAGAAGCAUAAAAACAAACCCUAUUCCAUUAGUUUUGUAAAUGAAAGAAUUUCCAGUGAAUUAGACCUUUAUUUUUCUACCUGGUUGGAUAGUGGCUUCGAGGGAGCAGAGGCUGAAGCCACCAUGCCACAGUCAGUUACAGCUUUAUGUGGCUGUUCAAGAAGCUGAAUGGCAGCAUAAAUCCAGUUUAAUCCUAGUGACUUUAUUUAUUCAUUCAGCCUCUGUUACCGUUUGGGUUCUGUCUGGAUUUACUCUGCUUGGUUGAUUUGCAUUUUCAUAGAAUCAUAGAAUGGCUUGAGUUGGGAGGGACCUCAAAGAUCAUCUAGUUCCAACUCCCCUGCCGAAGGCAGGGACACCUUCCACUAGACCAGAUUGCUCAGAGCUCCAUCCAGCCUGGCCUUGAACACUUCCAGGAAUGGGUCAUCCACAGUGUCUCUGGGCAACCUGUUCCAGUGCCUCACCACCCUCACAGUAAAGAAUUUCUUCCUAAUAUCUAAUCUAAACCUACCCUCUUUCAGUUUGAAGCCAUUUUCCUUUGCGUUGUCGCUACUUGCCCUUGUAAAUAGACUCUCUCCAUGUCUCUUGUAGGUUCCCUUCAGGUACUGGAAGGCCACAGUUCGGUCAUUCUGAAGCCUUCUCUUUUCCAAGCUGAACAAUCCCAAUUCUCUCAGCUUUUUCUCAUAAGGAGAGGUGCUCCAUCCCUCUAAUUGAUGGCCUCCUCUGGACUCAUUCCAAUGGGUUGAUAUCCUUCCUUUGCUGAGGACCCCAGAGGUGGAUGCAGUGCUCUAGGUGGGGUCUCACCAGAGCACAGCAGAGGGGCAGAAUCACCU